AUGCUUUCUAGAGUCAACAUACUUCAAACGAGCCGCAUAGCGAUUCGUAACCUUACCCAAAGUAGCCGUUUAUUGCAGCUCCCAUCAUCCAAUGAUAUGAAAAGCGAGGACCAGUGGAUCUCCACCCCAUCAGAGCAAGCAGACAUUCAUACUGAAUCUUCUACUUCUGCCAUUUUUAAAGUGGUUCAAUCUGCACGGAAUUUAAGAGACACUACCGCCAAGGACCCACCUUUAAAUAUUAAUAGCAAAUUCACUAGAAGGUUUGAAACAUACGACAUAUACGACCCAUUUGAUUUUUCAAUGAACAAGAAGGCGAUGGAAGAGAAGAAGCCAUCGUCAAGAAAAAAUUCUCGGGAUCCCUUCGAGGCUACUGGGAUCGACCCUUUGGACUGUUACACUAUGCCUGAGGUAUUAUCUAAAUUUGUAAGCUCAACAGGACAAAUAUUACCCCGUGAUGUAACCGGAUGUAGUAGUAGAAACCAAAAGAAGUUGGGUAUCGCUAUAAAGAGAGCCAGAAGUUGUGGAAUCUUGUCCACUGUUCAUAAGCAUUCUAGAUACUGUCCCCCAAGAAACCUCUAA